UUCCACGCCAAAGCCGGUGCGUGGGUACCAGGCUGGCCCACAGGCUCUUCUCUUCCUACAGACGGAGGGGCUUUGUUCUGAGCGACCACAACCCACCCAGCCCUUCCCAUGGCCGAGGAACCCAAUCCUGAAGCCACUGCUGCCGCCUUGCGCAGCGCGGACGAAAGUCGGUUAGCCCAGAGAACCAGCGAUCAAUAUCGGGUGAGCCACGACUUACCUGCCCGGUUCAAUCACCCGGGAUGGUUUCGGGGUUACAGAGUGAAAGAACGCAACCUAUUGUUCAGGACGACCAACAUGGAUUAUGGAGCCAAACCUCCAACAGUGCACGAGAUGCCGACCAGUUUCCAUGUCAGUCCACAUUCCUUCUCUGACCGCCUCAUCACCUUCGGCAUGUACAGGAACUAUGGCAUCAACACCGCCAUGGAAAAAAGCUACGUGACUGGUCCCGACAACUUCAUCACUUUCCUGGAUACCCGCAACUUCCACCCCAGUUACCGAACUAAAGGACCCUCCCUUUCGGAGAAAAGGCAUAUUGAAAAGGAGGGAAAACUCCACACUGGUCAAGCUCAACAAGGCAGGGUAAGAGCUCUUAAUCACAGUAUUUUCAUUUGGGCAAUGGCUUUAAUAUCCGUUUACCUGCCUAACGUCAAACCUGAAGAAAUGUCACCAAUCUUUCCUAAACCUUGGUUUCUCUCAAGUGAAAAAUAAGGGUAGAAAUAACCAUACAGAUAUACAGGUGACCCUUUGACCACCAAAAUUAAGAGAAGUUAUCAGCGAAGGAUGCGGAAGCAAGUGGCAAGUAGCCUCAAUUGCUAGUGUGUAGUGAACCGAUGGCACAUGUGCCAAAGUUGGCAUGCAGAGCCCUCUUGGUGGGCAUGUGCACCAUCGCCCCAGCUCAGACAGCUGGUAGUUGGGUUUCCAAUGUGCGCAUGCAUGCCAGCUGGCUGCUUGUUGGGUUUCCGGGGCGCAUAUUGUGUGCCAGCCAGUUGGUCGUUGGUGCUCGCACCUUCCAGUUUGGGCACUCUGUGCCUAAAAGGUUCACCAUCACUGAGUUACUGUAUUCUACAAACAAUUGUUACCCAAACUACGGCUUAGUGCCACAGCUGUGAUAAAAGCUUGUUACAGGCAAUGCCAGUGAAAGUGCUGUGGAUUCAAGAUCAUGGCAAAAACUGUCCUAUCUCCACUUUUUUGUGACUCGCUGCAGAGUUGGUCUUGCCAACUCUGAAUCCAGGCAAUGUAGGUUUGUUAGACAAAUGACAGUUAACAAAAUUGGGGCUUAGUGUAAGAAUGAACUCUUUCGACAGGGUGCUGGUUUAAUGUUGUCCUUUUUUACAGAAUCAAUCUUCAAUUCCCAUAAAAAUUACUAUUUCCCUCUCUGUGUUUGGACCAAGGAGAGUUCCACCAUGUCUUUCCAGGUGAGACCUGAUGCUGAAUCCAUGUUUUGGGAAGAUGUUUCCUUCUUUGGGGGCCUGUCCAGAUUCCUUAAAUCAAUGAAGACCGUAUGAGAGUUGCAGGAAGUGCUAAUGUGCCAAGAUCACUACAGCAAGCAAAAUAAAAAUGUUCAUAGACGUCUAAAGUCGAAAGGACCCAACCAGCAGCUUACUGCAGAAUCCAAAUUCAGCGGUCACCCGGCCACUACCUGAAAAAAUAUAAUUCCUAAAACCUCUUUGGAACAUAGACGAUAGAAAAAGAAGCUCUUCAAAAUACAUGACAAAAUAAAAACAGGGAUUUGGAUCAAAGGUCCAUGAACUGAACUCAGUUUAUUAAAUCUUAUAAAUGUAUGAAUGUACACCAUUUCUUAUGUACAAAACAAAGGUUUCUUAAUUUAAAAAGUGCAUCUUCAAGCAAAGGGCAUUGAAAUUACAAGCUACAAAGUUUUGAAACUCAACAGGAAGUGAACACAGAAGGCUCCAACAAACACCCCAUCAUCCCAAGAAUGACAGUGAAAGGAAUGUUCAGCAGGAUUUACCAGAAGAAACAGAUUAACUGGACACAACACAGGAUUUCAAUCCUAUGAAAAGCAGCAUGGACAGGGAGAAACAGUGCUACUCGAAAAAGAUCAGGUUCAAUUUCAGUUUGGAAUUAAGGCUGCUCUUUUAGCUCGCUACCUUUCAGUGAUCAAGCUAAGAAUGAUCACUGAAUGAAGGUUUUUGUUUUAAGAAUCUGAAAAAGGGUGCUUCCAGUCUUGGACCCCCUCCCCCCUUUGGCAUUAUCAAGGAUGCUUGGUAUUUUGAACUGAAGGAAGUUUCCAGAACAGAAUAGGGGCCUCCAUGCGAUUCUUAAAAAAAAAAUCUGUAUGACUUUCAGUUCUAAAGACACAAUU